ACUCCAGGAAAAAUCCUGGGCUACUGUGGGGGCGAAGAGCCGUGUCUCCACUGUCGGGUCGUAGCUUGCCGUGCCUUCUCCCCUCUUCCGGUUCUCUCGCAUCGACGGGCGUCGAUCCGUGUCGUGAUCUCGUCCUCUGGGUCUCGAUCAUAUUUCCGCGGCUGCGAUCGAAGCGGGAAGGGGAGCGGCGGAAAUGGGCGGCGGCAACGGCCAGAAAGCCAAGAUGGCUCGCGAGAGGAACCUGGAGAAGCAGAAGGGCGUUCGAGGGAGUCAGCUUGAUUCAAACAAGAAAGCCAUGAAUAUCCAGUGCAAGGUUUGCAUGCAGACUUUCAUUUGCACCACAACAGAGGUCAAGUGCAGAGAACACGCAGAAGCAAAACAUCCCAAGUCGGAUUUGUAUGCAUGUUUUCCUCAUCUGAAGAAAUGACAUCAAUCGAUGACAGCGGACAAUGAUUCUAUGAACUUGUCAUGUUCUUGUUGUGAUUGUGGUCAAGUUUGGAGCUUUUGUGUAGCAGUCUAUGCACUCUUGGGGUAUUCAUCGACUCGGACAUAUUAUAAAACAUUUGCUAAUAAAAAUUCCGCUGCCUUUGUGACAGUUA